AUGGAACUUAAUGUGAAAUAUCGACGUGACGAAGGGGAUCUUCUUGAGGAUCCUACUAUCUAUCGGAAGCUGGUUGGUAGUCUUAUUUAUCUAACCAUUACUCGACUAGACAUUUCUUAUGUUGUUCACAUCGUCAGCAAGUUCAUGCAAGCUCCGAGGCAUCUCCAUCUAUCGGUUGUUCGCCGCAUAAUUCGCUACAUUCUUGGCACACCUAGUCAUGGCUUAUUCUUUCCUACAUGUUCUUCACUUCAGCUACAAGCCUAUAGUGACACUGAUUGGGCCGGUUGCCCAGACACCAGGAAAUCUACUACCAGCUGGUGUAUGUUUCUUGGUGAUGCCCUUAUAUCUUGGAAAUGCAAGAAGCAGGACCACGUCUCCAAAUCAUCUACUGAGGCAGAGUACCGAGCCAUGCCUGCUUCAUGCUUCGAGAUCAUUUGGUUGCAUUGUCUCCUCAUAGAGCUCGGUUUCUGUCCAGUUCAUCUUGCUCAACUACAUGCUGACAACACUAGUGCCAUCCAAAUUGCAGCCAACCUCGUCUAUCCUGAACACACCAAGCACAUUGAGGUUGAUUGUCACUCAAUCAGGGAAGCCUAUUAUCAUCUGGUUAUCACCCUUCCACAUAUCUCCACGAGUCUACAGAUCGCAGAUAUCUUCACCAAAUCCAUGCCACGUCAACGCCAUCAUUUCCUCGUUGGUUAUACAGAUUUAAUGCCAGCAGAUUCUAUGCCUUGGACAGCUUUGACAGCUAUG